CCGUUUUGAGUGUGACCAACUUUGAAGCUUGACUUUGUGUUAGCCACAUCUUCCCGUAGUGUUCAACGCCUCGAAUUUAUUAGGUCAACAACCUCCAGUCUGAGCACAGGGUGUGAUUUAAAGAACCAAGGCUGUCAUUGUAGCGAUCAUCCCGUUAUAUUACAGACACUGUCUCUCAACUGACGGUGGACUCCGAUUCUUUAUAUAUUAAAGCUAGCUAGCUAACGGUCACGUUAGCAAAGCAGCUCCAGGGAUGGCGGAGGUUCCCGGGACUUCAAGUGAGACGAUAACGGAGACUGUUCAGGCUAGCACACCGCCACCGCCCCAGCAGGAGGGACGCAGCCUGACCAUCAAGCUGAGGAAGAGGAAGACAGAGAAGAAGGUGGAGUGGUCCAGUGACACCGUUGACAACGAGCACCUAGGAAGAAGGUCUUCAAAGUGCUGCUGUAUCUAUGAGAAGCCGCGGCAGUUCGGAGAGUCAUCCUCUGAAAGCGACGGAGACGAUGACGAUGAAGGCUGCGGCAGUGCUCACUGCAUCCUGGGCCACGGCAGGAGGGGUCAUGGACAGGGGGGAAGCGAGGGGACCACGAGGCCCCCAAACUCUGGAGGGCCACACACACACUAGCGUGGCUCCGCACGACAGUGAUGCAUUACAGCGCUGCACUCUUGUUUAGUUUAGCUCCAUCAUUGAAGCCCAGGUAGGCCUGAUGCUGCCAGACACUCUGCUGGAGCCGGGGCUGCUGCUCUGGAAACACACAGCAACAGGGAUUACUGAAUUAGCCACAUUGAAAAUCCUGCUCUCCUUUCAACUGCUAAAAGCAUGCUCAGUAUUGUUCCAACUGACAUACAUAACUUGGAAUGAAAGCUACAAGCUGACAUUUUAAAUUUCUUUUAGAGAAGUAUUGCUUUUAAAGCACCAAAAGCAGACAUGCUGUAAUAAUAGGAUGUAGGGGGCCAUAGCAGUCUUUUUGUGUGUUUCAGCCCUUUUACAACAGACCACAUGCAGUACGCAUUGCAUCACUGCUGAGCAAUUCCAAGCAUGGAGCGGAAUGGUGGGAUUAAAACACUUUACUACUUGUCAGGCAGCCGUUGCUUUCCAUUUGUUUCACUAUGCGGUUUGACAUCCAUCUGAGUUUUUAUGCAGAAAUGCAAUUGAGGUCCCAACUGACGAUUAGCUUUAUCAUCUUCUAAAUAUCUUCUCAGUUAAUGGAUAAAUCAACGUCAGCAGACAGUGUCUAUUCCAGUGUCCAGGACCGACGAAUGCAUCCGAUCCUCACACAGCCGAGGCUAGAACCAGCAAGUGUUUGGCAUUCUUACUUCAGAAAGACUAAAGAUUAGCAGUAUUCAGUUAUUAUAGUUGCAGAUUUACGACACACAUGGGCAAAUCUAUUCUGUUCUAUAAUUGACUUGUUUUCAUUUAUAAAUUGUUUAAUCUUCAGACUAUCAAAAAAAGAACUAUCAGACGAGCUAUGAGGCGACAUCUGAAAAUGCACAUACACUGCAUGACCAGCCAAUGGGAACUAAGCUUUUACAACAAUACAAAAUGGAAAUGAUGGAUUAUAGAAUGCUGUAUGAUUUCUAAACUAUUGGAAUGUAAUAAAUGAGGUAAUUCAUAUAAAAACAAUAGCAGCAUACUUCUGUUGUAGUGAUGUCAUCAUGUCAGAAGAUGAUAUGGAUUUUGAAUGAGCCUUAUUGAGAAUGCUGUUCUCCUUUCAUCCGCUAAUGCAUGACCCUUUAACACACAGGCGUGCAGGGCCGAGGCGUUGGACUUGGGACUGUCUUUUACUUUACAGUGCAAACCUCGUCAGGUCUCUAAAAGUGAGCUGUUGAUACUGUAGUAAGAUGAGUGGAAACUAAUGGCGGCUGAUGAAGCCAAACUAAAGCAGCUUGGAGUGCAUCAGCAGUAAUGCAAAGUGUUUGUGCCACAAAUGAGCGGAAAGGUAUAGAAGCAGUGGAUCUAAUGUGACCAUAAUGACACCAGUGCAGUCUGGCUGUGUGUCCCCGGCGCACACACACACAAUCGGCCUCUGGAUUUUGUUUUGACAGUUAAUUGUAUAUACUACUGCACUUUGUUUAGUAUUCUAUGUUUGAUUUGCUGCUCUUCAUUCUGAACUUGCUAACCCUG